AAGUUGACCGGUUCUGAAAUUGACUAAACUCGCUUCAUGCUUGAAGGAGGUUGAGGUUCCACCGCAAAACCAAUUGGCAAAUUGGCGAUGGGGAGUAGCCCAACACCUUAUGCCCUUGUAAGGUUUUCUAACUUUUCAAUGUGGGAUAUUUUUACCUUUACAUUCUCACAAUGAUAAGCCAAUGCACUAAUUAAUGGACUUGUAUAAUGCACUAAUUAAAGGACUUGUAUAGUGGAGGCGGAAUUUUCACAACAUAUUUAACCAUAUAUGAUGUAUGCAACUACGUAGUUGUUGAAAAUCAUAGGACUCUAUUGCUCCACCCCUAAACCUAUGUUGCACCGAUACGGAUACGAGUACGGCGAUACGAUACGAUACGAUACGAUACGCCAAUACGGCAAAUCUCCAAAAAAUAGGAUACGGAUACGGCACCGAUACGGCGAUUAAAAUAAUAUAUAUAUUUAAAAAUAAUAUAACUGGAAAAUUGACGUAUCGAUGCCGUAUCGCAACCGUAUCGAGGACGUAUCGGAUCCGUAUCGAGAAGUCAACAUGCCAUAUAAGUCAACGAUACGCCACGUGGCGUAUCGGAUACGUAUCGGAGCCGUAUCGGUGCCGUAUCGUAUUGGAGCCGUAUCCGAUACGAGCAUACCCCUCCAAACUGACGUAUCGGUGCAUCUGAGCCCUAAACACAGUUAAACAGUCCAUCGCUCCCUUCUUUUGGAUGCUAGACAAAGAUAGCUAACAAAAAAACAAGCACAAAAUUAGAUAGCAAGCGAGCUAAACUUGAGAAGGAGAAGCGAAACUGCAAAACCUUCAUAUUUUCCGUGCUUACCAUUUCGUGACAGCUAGCUAACCAUUAAGACUGAUCCUCCACAACUAAACAAACUUAGGAGCAAUUACCGAAUGUUAAAUCUGGCUAUAAAUAUCUCUCCCUCUAUUCUCCUCCUUUUAUAUCUGUAAGUUUGAAACACAUAUAAUGGCUUGUCAUCAAUGUCCCAAUGCCAAUAUCUGGUGCUUUGUUUUGGGCCUUUUCAUCGCCAUUGCCAGCUUCGUCCCAAACCCGAGUUUCGCUAAGAAAACCAAAGUUGAUGGCUUGAAAUUGAACGUGAUCGAUGGUUGCUGGAGAUGGAACUCUGAUUGGAGAAGGAACCGCCAGGAACUUGUGUUAUGCUCGGUGGGAUUUUCUGGGAAGAUGAGCAACAACAUAGGAAGAGAUAUCGUAUACUAUCAAGUCAUGGACCCAAGUGACAAUGCGUUAGACCCCAAACCUGAAACUUUGAGAUAUGGGGCUACCAUCAUCAGAGGGAAAAAGUGGAUCACCUUCCAGAGGGACAUGCGCAUUAGGCUUGAGAAACCACUUCUCAUUAGUAGCUUCACUGCCAUUGACGGAAGAGGUCCUAGCGUUCGCAUUGCUGGUAAUGCAUGCUUGGUGGUCUUUAAGGCAAGCAAUAUAAUCAUCCAUGGCCUUCGAAUCCACCACUGCCGUUCCCAAGCACCAAGCUUGGUUAUGGGUCCAGAUGGAAAGAAAAUGCCACUGGGGCAGGUUGAUGGAGAUGCAGUCAGGUUGGUUACCGCAUCAAAGGUUUGGAUAGACCACAAUACACACUAUGAUUGCGAGGAUGGUCUUCUCGAUGUUACUUGUGGAUCUACCGAUAUCACCGUCUCCAACAAUUGGUUCAGAGACCAAGACAAGGUCAUGCUUCUGGGCCACGAUGAUGGCUAUUUUCGGGAUAAGAACAUGAGGGUGACCGUAGUGUACAACCAUUUUGGACCUAACUGCAACCAAAGAAUGCCAAGGAUUCGUUACGGAUAUGCACAUGUCGUGAACAAUCUCUACAGAGAAUGGUCGCAGUAUGCCAUUGGGGGAAGCAUGAACCCUAGCGUUAAGAGUGAAGCCAACCUCUUCAUUGCACCAAAAUCGAGAAACAAUAAAGAGAUCACUUGGAGGAAGGACAGCAUUGGAAACAAAGAAUCCUGGAAGUUUUACUCGGUAGGAGAUAUCUUUGAAAAUGGGGCUUCUUUCGUCAAAACAUGUGCCGGCAGAGCAAAGCCAAACAAUAACGGAGAACAAAAUUUCCCAGUUGUUAAUGCCAAAUCUGUCCGCUCAUUGACAAGGUCAUCUGGUGCUUUAAAAUGCAUCAAAAGAUCCAGAUGCUAAUUAAGUCUUACGCCCAUCAUGUGUUGUGGAGAUAUGACAUGUAUAAACAUGCCUGCACCUCAACAGAAAUAACUCUGUUACUUUUUACUUUUUCGCAAAGAUUGCAUUCAACAAAUCUAGUCUUGAUAAAUAAUAAUUAGCCCCCUGAUCAUGUAUGGCCAAACUGAUCUGCCUAGCUAAUAACAUGUAAUUAAGCAGACAAAUUGUCCGCAUACCAUAAAUAAAGGGUGGAGAGAGAGGCCCCCAACUUGUAAGGGGAUAAAUUGUGUUUAUAAAAGGUACUAAUGGGUUGGCCCUGAGGCCCCCAAUUUUUCA